AGAAAUUUGAAUUCGAAUUUUAAGAGUGUUACAAUUCAAAUUCGAAUUUCUUUUUUUUUUAUUUAUUAGUAUUUGAAGUUAUGUACAUUGAUUUGAUAACUAACCGAUGUACUUACUGUGAGGGAAAACGUCGUGAGGAAACCUUCACAUAUAGUAAAUGAUCAUAUACGGGUUAGGUUCCCCUGCGAUGGUUGCGGAACUCAAACGGCAGUCGUUUCGGUAAAAACCUGAUUCACCCAAUCCAGGAUCCAUUAUCAAAGGCAUACCCCGGCCCCAUCUCCAGAGUGGUGAGGAUGCAACCGGAACUAUAGCCAUGAAGAAGAAGUGUACAAUUUAAAUGGAUUAUUUAAAAAAAAAUUAUAGAUAAAAUGGAUAAAAAUAAAUCGCCAGGAAGCGACCUUGUACGCAUGUCCGAUUUGAAACUAAUUGUUGAUAAGAUUAGCCCUGUUUUAGCAAAAUUAAUAAACUUGUCUGUGAAAAAUAAAAAAUUUCCUACUAAAUUAAAAGAAGCCAUAAUACGUCCAAUCCAUAAAAGAGGGAAUAAAAAGGUAUAUUCCAAUUUCAGACCAAUAGCAAUAUUAUCAGCUAUAGACAAAAUAAUAGAAAAAAGUAUAGUUAAUCAAAUUGGUACCUAUUUACAAAAAAACAAUAUUCUUAAUGAAUGUCAACACGGUUUUCAGAAACAGAAAAGUACAAAUACGCUAUUAUCUAAAUUUACGGACGAUAUUAAUACACAUUUAGAAAACAAAAAAAUUGUUGUAGCUGUUUUUUAUGACUUUAAGAAGGCAUUUGAAACCCUCGAUAUGGAUACCCUCUUGAAGGGCAUGGAGGAAUGCGGAUUGGGACAGCCGCUGAACCAAUGGUUCAGCGACUACCUUACUGGACGCUCUUAUAGAGUGAAGGUCGGAGACACGCUAAGUGACGAAAAAUUAGUCGAUUGCGGCGUCCCGCAGGGGUCGGGGUGUGGUCCUGUCUGUUACCUGAUGCACGUUAACGGCCUCUGCGGAGCGCUGCAGCACUGCUCCGCGUACAUGUUCGCCGACGACCUGUGCACGCUGAGCGCAGGAACAGACCUUGCCGAGACGUGCCGUUUAGUCCAGCGGGACGUAGACGCGGUGGUGAAAUGGUCACAUGAUAAUGGCAUCAUUUUAAAUACAGAAAAAACGAAAUUGCUUAUAAUUCACUCACCUCAUCUCCGCCCCGUGGAAUCUCCGCCUCCGUUAUUUGCUCAUAGUUUCGAAUGCUUCCAUGAUAAUAAUUUAGAUUGCAAAUGUACACCUAUUGAAAAUGUCAGUUCUGUAACUUACCUGGGUGUCAAAAUAGACACUAAAUUUUCCUGGGAAUCCCAUAUAGAUUAUAUAUGUAAUAAAUUAAGAAUACUACUAGGAAAAUUUUAUCACCUAUGUUUUAAAGUACCUACAUCAGUAUUGAAAUGUUUAUACUUCGCCUUAGUCGAUUCUAUAUUGGGAUACGCUCUUGAUUGCUAUGGACUAACUUUCAAAACUUACAUCGAUAGAUUAGAAGCACUACAAAUCAGAUUCUUAAAACUAUUAGUCAACAGAAAAACAAAAAAUCAUUGUAAAGGAGAUUAUACUAAAUUAUUUAAAAUAUGCAAAAUCUUACCAGUAAGCUUAAAACAUAAAUACCUUUUGGCAGUUAAUAACCAUGGCAAACGGGAUCUCAGCUUAGCGUUGAUUAGACAUGGGCGUGGCACUAGGUCAGUAACCACAGGCAAAUAUAAGGUCCCCAGAGUAAACAAUUACUUUGGAGAUAGAACUUUAAAAAAACGUUUACCGUAUCUUCUUAAUAGUUUACCUGAAAAUAUCAGACUGGAACCACGCUUAUGCCGAUUCAAGAAUAUGUUAAAAAAAUAUUUACUCGAAUUACUGUAAUUCUUUUGAUCUUAUAAGAUAGUUUAUGAUUUAAGUACCUACAUAUAAGUAUAAAUGAGACUAUUACCUGCAGUCAAA